AUGUUGUACGACAAGGAAGCGAUUGAGACAUGGAUUGUUGUCGGACAUUUUCAGGGUGUCGUUGGGAAACAAUAUGGCAUAUUAAAGAACCACACUCUUUCUCCACCGGCCGAGGAUGUCGAACCACUAUUACUCGAGGUGCAACAGUCUACGUGCCAAGGAGAUCAGGCAACAAUCGGGCGUAUCUACCGGUUCUUUGCAGUGCAAUGCCGUGUUCCGCCAUUGAAUACUCUAUUACAGGCAGUUUCUAGCGUAGUAAAUGGCCAUCCAUGGUCCAGGUACCUAGGAGCUGAGGAACAGUCGGAUAUAUUUUCCGGGGCUUAG